AUGACCCCCCAGCCCCAACCCAACGGCCAGCAGACGGGCCCCCCCAAGAUGACCCCCCAGCCCCAACCCAAGGGCCAGCAGACGGGCCCCCCCCAGAUGACCCCCCAGCCCCAACCCAAGGGCCAGCAGACGGGCCCCCCCCAGAUGACCCCCCCCCAUAUGACCCCCCAGCCCCAACCCAAGGGCCAGCAGACGGGCCCCCCCCAGAUGACCCCCCAGCCCCAACCCAAGGGCCAGCAGAGAGGGCCCCCCCUGGGUCGCUGCCCCCCCUCGCCAGACGCCCCCCCUGCCCUGCGCGAGUCUCCCUCGCUGGCGUCGCUCGCCCAGACGGAGGCGCUGUUUGACCUCAUCGCCAGCUCACAGAGCCGUCGCCUGGACGACCAGAGGGCCAGCGUGGGCGACCGCCUGUCCUUCGCCAUCACGCAGAACAACAUCCGCCACCUGUGCCACGCCUGCAACCCCCCGCAGCCCACCGACGACUUCUUCAACAUGCUCAUCAAACACCAGUCCUGCCGGCUGAAUGACCAGCGGUGUUCUCUGCCGGAGUGUGUGGAGGGUGCGGAGUGUGUGGAGGGUGCGGGAGCGUCGGACGCUGACGAGGCCUUCUUCAGCCUGGUCCAGAGAGUGCAGGCCAAGCGGAUGGAUGAGCAGCGUGUGUCCUUCUACUGCGACCAGCACGACGACGGCCCUGACGCUGAAGCCCACACACACACACACACACACACACACACACACGCACACGCUAGCACCCACUCCCGCCAUGACCACGAGCACAAACCCUCGCCACGGCCUGCCUCCGGCUCUAGUUAAAGUCUACUACCAGAUGCACACACACACACACACACACACACACACACA